AUGCCUAACAGUGAUAAUCCAAUAACAAUUUUGAGGUUUUCAAAGGAUAUACUCGAGGAAUCUCCGAAUAGACAAGGGAUCUUGAAUCUGCUAACAGAGAGAAUCAACAAUGGAUAUGAUCAAAACAGAAAGAAAUACAACAUCAUCACCUCUUUAAGAAUUGAACAAGAUAAAGAUUUCUUACGUGAAUUGGGUAUUCAUAAAGAUGGGUCUUUCUUGAUGAUCCUGAUAGCCCAUGAUCUGGAACUUGUUCAACAAUCACUGAAAGAAGGAAACAUCUCAUUGAUAGAUGCCACUAAUGAAACCACACUUGAUGGGAUUGAACAUGAUCAAAUACUGGGCACGAUUGCUGGUAAGCCAAUGGAGUUCCAAUUACAAAAGGCAUGGGAAGUUACAGCAUUCACAUCAAUUGCAAAAGGUGCUGGUAAAUAUUUAUUAAGACAAGUGGAACAAGAAGCCAUUAUUAAAGGAGAUGUUGAAUUAUUAUACAUCACCAUGGUUCAAGAACAUGGAUUAGUUCCUUAUUAUGUGGCAAACGGGUUCAAAGAAACAGGCACUGUGUAUUUUUGUCAAGUUGAUGAUGAUGGAUAUGUAAAGCAAAUUCCUGGAAUGAAAGCUGCUCAAGAUUUCCAUUCUGUUGAGUUGAUAAAGAGUUUGAAAUAG